UACCCACCUCCAUAAAUUUGCAAGACAAGCCUGCUGUUCACAUGCAGACUUGAAAGUGCUUAACUUGGUUUGAAACUGUCUUGUUAAAGCAGCAUAAGCUACUUCUACAUCCAGCAUGGCUAAACGUCACGUUCAUCCUCAGAGAGAUCAAAUUCCUCAGGAGACCAUGAAAGAUAAAUGUCAUAUCCAUGGUCCUGGAUAUCCAUCCCCUCUGGAGGCCAUGAAAGGUCCACGAGAGGAGAUUGUCUACCUUCCCUGCAUCCGUAGGAAUACUGGAACAGAAGGUCCUGACUACUUGGCCACUGUUGAUGUAGACCCCAAGUCCCGGACAUAUUCUCAGGUUAUUCAUCGUCUGCCAAUGCUGCAUGUGGGGGAUGAACUACAUCACUCCGGAUGGAAUGCUUGCAGUAGCUGCUACGCAGAUGCCUGUAAGAAACGCGAUAAACUGAUCCUGCCAUCAUUGUACUCCUCACGCAUUUACAUUAUAGAUGUGGGGCACAACUGCAGGGCUCCCAGAAUUCAUAAGGUGAUUGAACCCUCUGAACUUCACGAGAAGUGUGACUCUGCCAAUCCUCAUACCACUCACUGCCUGGCAAAUGGAGAGGUGAUGAUUAGUACCAUUGGAGACCCACGUGGAAAUGCCAAAGGUAGUUUUGUUUUGCUGGAUGGAGAAACAUUUGAAGUGAAGAGCACCUGGGAGAAGAAAUCUGACAGUGUCCCAUUUGGUUAUGAUUACUGGUACCAGCCCAGGCACAAUGUAAUGAUAAGCACUGAGUGGGGUGCUCCAAAAGCCAUAGAAAAAGGUUUUAGGCUUACAGACUUAGAAGCAGGUAUGUAUGGACACAGCAUCCAUGUCUGGGACUGGACAUCACAUACGCUUAUAAAGUCCAUAGACCUGGGAGAUGAUGGAUUGAUACCACUAGAAGUCCGUUUUCUCCAUAACCCUGAUGCUUCACAGGGAUUUGUUGGCUGUGCACUCAGAAGCAGUAUAUUCCGAAUUUACAAAACUGAGGAUGGAACGUGGGCUACCCAUAAAGUGAUCCAGGUUCCCAGUAAGAAGGUCACAGGAUGGAUGAUGGAAGAAAUGCCAGGUCUGACUACAGAUAUCCUGAUAUCCCUUUGUGAUCGCUUCUUAUAUUUCAGUAACUGGCUGCAUGGAGACAUCCGCCAGUAUGACAUUUCUGACCCCUGUAACCCCAAACUAGUUGGACAGGUGUUUGUCGGAGGAAGUCUUCUAAAGGAUGGAAAUGUGAAAGUUGUGGAUGAGGACCCAAAUUGUCAACCAGAACCCCUGGUGAUAAAGGGUACAAGAGUAGAAGGUGGACCACAAAUGAUUCAGCUGAGUUUAGAUGGAAACCGGUUGUACUGCUCAACUUCCCUAUUCAGCCCAUGGGACAACCAGUUCUACCCAUGCAUGGUCAAGAAAGGUUCAGUGCUGCUCCAGAUUGAUGUAGACACAAAGAAUGGUGGCCUUAAAGUAAACAAGAACUUUAUUUGUGAUUUUGGGAAGGAACCAAAUGGACCUGUCCUCGCCCAUGAAGUUCGUUAUCCUGGUGGAGAUUGCACAUCUGACAUAUGGAUCUAGAGCUACAGCACUGAUGAUAUGUGGUGGAUGGUGGUGCCUAAAACUCAUCACCAAUAUUUUUAAAAGGAGGAAUGUGCUUUGUGGCUUAAGGCACUAUAGCAUUCUUUUUUUACCUCUCUCUCUGUACUGCUUUCUAGGAACCAACCUAGUAGUAAGACUUCUCUGAUAGUGUAAGAGAAAGAAAAUGUCUUUAUUCUGAGCAUGCCAAAACUAGAUUAUGCUCAUCUUUAAACGAGUCAUCAUUGUGUUUCUCUGUAUCAAAUAAAUGAUUAAACAGUUUAACAAAAAUUGCA